AUGAUCAUUUCCAGGAGUGCAGCACUUGCCUCGGCACAGCUUCGAGCUGUCGCCCGUCCCCAGGCGCUGCUUCUCGGCACCAGCAGACCGCUCUAUUUCCAGAGGCGAUUUGCAUCCUCAUCGGUAUCAGCAAGCUCUGGCUUUGUCAAGAUCUCUGACGCCAUCAAGAAGGACCACCAAGAGUUGGAGCAGUACUACAACGAGGUCAUCAACUCGUCUGACCAAGAGCAUCAACAAAAGUUUGGCAACCAGUUCACCUGGGAGCUGGCCAGGCACUCGGUCGCUGAGGAGCUGCUCGUGUACCCGGCCUUUGAGACCCAUCUUGGAGAGGAGGGUAGGCAGAUGGCCGAGGAUGACCGCAAGCAACAUCACGAGGUCAAAAUCCUACUCAAGGAAUUCCAAAAUAUGCGAUCCAGCGACUCGGAGUACGUGCCCAAACUGAAGGAGCUCUGGGCCAAGCUCUCCUUGCACAUCCAGGAAGAGGAGUCGCACGAUUUGCCGGCGCUGGAGAAGGCGAUCGAGCUCGAUGCAGAGGCGUCCGAGACGAUGGCCCGCAACUUCCACAGGACAAAGAUGUUUGUGCCGUCACGCAGCCAUCCGUCCGCCGGCGAGAAUCCCUACUUUGAGUCCGCCAUGGGACUCUUGGCCGCACCUAUGGAUAAGCUGGCAGACAUGUUCCGGAAGUUCCCGGACGCAUCCGAGAAGGAGGGCAAGAGAUAG